CUCAGACCUUGCAGCAAAGUCACUUUGCCACCCACCGCGCUAUUCAUUGGAAGAAGCCCACGGUCGGUCGGCCUCCUUGCAUCCCAAAGCUCAACAGUCGUCUGCGCAGCUGAGCACGGGCAGGACACAAUGGGUGUCCAGGAGCGCAGAGUGACCUUCCCUGGCUCCCAGGGGUCAGAAAUAGUGGCGACAUGGCAAGACCCUGAUGCACAGGACGUGGUGCUGCUGUGCCACGGGUUGGGAGACCACAGGGACGGAUUCCAUCUGCCAGCGCUGGCGGCUGCUCUGGCGAAUGCCGGCUUGGGCAGCCUGCGACUGGACUUCCCCGGCAAUGGCGAGAGCCCCGGCGCCUUUCGCUACGCCAACAUGCGCACAGAGGCUGAGGACAUGAGGGCGGCUGUGGAGUUUCUGCGCGACCAGGGGAAAACCGUUGUGGGUUUGGUCGGUCAUUCCAAGGCGGGCAGCGGGGUCAUCCUGUAUGCGGCGAAGUAUGACGACAUCCCGCGGGUCGUCAACAUAUCUGGCCGCUUUGACAACCAGCGAGGGAUCAAGGAGCGAUUUGGGGCGGACAUCUUUGAGCGCCUGGAGAGGGAGGGGCAGGUGCAAAUCACAUGGCCUGGCAGUGGCCCCACCAAGAAAUUCAUAUGGGCACUCACCAAGGAGGACAUGGACAACCGGAUGAGCCUGGACAUGGAUCCCCACAGCCGAGCCAUCAAGCGCAGCCGCGUCUUCACAAUCCACGGCAGUGCCGAUGAAACGAUCCCACUCGAAGACGCGCACUCAUUCCACGAGCGCAUCCCCAACAGUGAGCUGUGUAUCGUGGACGGCGCAUGCCACAACUAUAAGUGA